AUCUAGCUUAGCCUAAAAAAUGAAAAUUUUGGUCAGGUGAAGAGGGCUGUGGGUACAAGAGAUUUUGCCACGUAUACCAAUUGGCCAUAACAAUCCAAAGCACAAGGGACAAUAGAAAAGACGGUGGUCAACAGGAAAUCUUAUUCAACAACUCAAUUAUUGCCAUGGGGAAGGGGAGUUCAAAUGGGAUGAUAGACAUUAGGACAUUUCCUGAAUAUUAUCUCACUAGUUCAGUUCAACCUUGUUCAUAUGCUUCAGCCUUCAAAUCUAAACAAAAUUGAUGACUGAAGAAAUAGGCAGACAAAAAAGAGGACUUCCACCAUGCUUACAAAGCUAAAUUAUCCCUGCAUUGAAUAUUUGAGUAAGACCUUGGCUUUCAGUUUGCUUCAUAUUUUGGAUCAGCCAUCACUUAAUGGCAUGCAAAUAUGCAAUUACCAGAGCAAAAAGUGAAGACGCCAAGAAAGUAGAAAAAAAAUCCCAGGUCUUGAUCAUCAAUCAUCUGUAACAACCCACGGAGAAUUUACAUAUAUUACUACCUCCGAUUGAACCUGUUAAUAUUUGUAAUUUUAAAAGCUAUUACCCAAGGAAUUCGUCGGCUGCAAGCUAAUUAGCGACAUCAAUGAUAACAAGUUAUUCUCUAAAAUACCAAAAGAAUGCAGGUUGUCCAAUUGAAGACAAGUAUCCCAUGCCACCUUGAAUCCUCCACUCUUAUAACAUUGAUGACAGGAAAUUCAUCUAGUAGGCAGGUGAACUAGAGAUGCAUUCUUUAUCCAAAUUUUAAUCAAAGUGCUAUCCCACUGGAAUUGUAAUCACUGUGCAACAAACUAUGCUGUAUUGCUCAAGAGCCAGAGUCAUUUCUUAAAGACUACAAAUAUUUUCUUUCUUCCAAUCCUGCUAACCGUAACUGACUCUUACUCUUUUUGGGCCAAAACAAUAUGUAGCUAACUCUUGAAAAACUAGCAAAAUGAUACUUAGCACAAAUCCUAGCCAAAAGGCCAAGAAUGGUAUAAAUGAAUUGCCAAGGGUAUGCGUGUUGAAAUUACACUUUCUAUUCUACAACCUAAAGCUAAAUAACCUACUCGUUAAAAAAAUGAAAUAUUUGCUUCUUUUUUUUCUAGGAAAAACUAAUAGAAUGUUAUCAUAAUA